GUCCAGGAGCACAGCGCGUUCCGCUUCUCCGUGCAGCUGUACAACACCAACCAGAACGCCACGGAGAAGCCCUUCCACCUCAACUACAACGUGGACAACCUCGAGUCCUCCAACAGCUUCUCCGUCACGCACGCAUUCUGCUCCCAGUUCGCGCGGGGCGUGUACGCCAUCUUCGGUUUCUACGACAGGAAGUCGAUGAACACGCUGACGUCGUUCUGCGGCGCGCUGCACACGUCCUUCAUCACGCCCAGCUUCCCCACCGACGCCGACGUGCAGUUCGUCAUCCAGAUGCGUCCCGGGUUGCGGGGGGCCGUGCUCAGCCUGCUGGCCCACUACCAGUGGGAGAGGUUCGUCUACCUCUACGACACCGACAGAGGCUUCGGCAUCCUGCAGGCCAUCAUGGAGUCGGCGGUGGCCAGCAACUGGCAGGUGACGGCGCGCUCCGUGGGCAACAUGGCCGACCCCGUGGAGUACCGCCGCAUCAUCGAGGAGAUGGACCGGCGCCAGGAGAAACGCUUCCUCAUCGACUGUGAGGUGGGCCGCAUCAGCGCCAUCCUGGAGCAGGUGGUGGUCCUGGGGAAGAACGGCAGGGGAUACCACUACAUCCUGGCUAACCUGGGCGUGUCCAACAUGAGUCUGGACCGCGUGGUCUCCGGAGGAGCCAACAUCACGGGCUUCCAGAUCAUCAGCCCGGAGAACCCCAUCGUCCAGCAGUUCGUCCAGCGCUGGGAGAAGCUGGACGAGAGGGAGUUCCCCGAGUCCCGCAGCGCCCCACUCAAGUACACGUCCGCCCUGACCCACGACGCCGUGCUGGUGCUGUCGGAGGCCUUCCGCUACCUGCGGCGGCAGCGGGUGGACGUGUCCCGGAGGGGCAGCGCCGGGGACUGCCUGGCCAACCCCGCCGUGCCCUGGAGCCAGGGCAUCGACAUCGAGAGGGCCCUCAAGAUGGUACAGGUGACGGGCAUGACGGGGAACAUCCAGUUCGAUACGUUCGGCCGUAGAACCAACUUCACCAUCGACGUGUACGAGAUGAAGCUUGGAGGAGCGAGGAAGAUGGGCUACUGGAACGAGUACGAGAAGUUUGUGUACAUAGUGGACCCCCAGGUCACCAAUGAGUCCUCCUCUGUGGAAAACCGAACAAUUGUGGUCACUACUAUUAUGGAAGCUCCGUACGUCAUGUACAAGAGAAACUUUAUGCAGCUGGACGGGAACGACCGGUACGAGGGCUACUGCGUCGACCUGGCGUCGGAGAUCGCCAAGCACGUGGGGAUACGCUACAAGCUGUCCAUCGUGUCCGACGGCAAGUACGGCGCCCGGGACCCCGAGACGCGCACCUGGAACGGGAUGGUGGGUGAGCUGGUGUACGGGAGGGCCGACAUCGCCGUGGCCCCCCUGACCAUCACCCUGGUGCGCGAGGAGGUGAUCGACUUCUCCAAGCCCUUCAUGUCCCUGGGCAUCUCCAUCAUGAUCAAGAAGCCCCAGAAGUCCAAACCCGGCGUGUUCUCCUUCCUGGACCCGCUGGCCUACGAGAUCUGGAUGUGCAUCGUGUUCGCCUACAUCGGGGUCAGCGUGGUGCUCUUCCUGGUCAGCCGCUUCAGCCCCUACGAGUGGCACCUGGACGAGAGCGACGAGGCCAAAGACCCCCAGAGCCCGCCGGACCCUCCCAACGACUUUGGCAUUUUUAACAGCCUGUGGUUCUCGCUGGGCGCCUUCAUGCAGCAAGGAUGCGAUAUCUCUCCAAGGUCUCUGUCUGGGCGCAUCGUGGGGGGCGUGUGGUGGUUCUUCACCCUCAUCAUCAUCUCCUCCUACACGGCCAACCUGGCCGCCUUCCUCACCGUGGAGAGGAUGGUGUCGCCCAUCGAGAGCGCCGAGGACCUGGCCAAGCAGACGGAGAUCGCCUACGGGACGCUGGACUCCGGGUCCACCAAGGAGUUCUUCAGGCGCUCCAAGAUCGGUGUGUACGAGAAGAUGUGGUCCUACAUGAAGUCGGCCGAGCCGUCCGUCUUCGCCAAGACCACGCCGGACGGGGUGGCGCGCGUCCGCAAGUCCAAGGGGAAGUUCGCCUUCCUGCUGGAGUCCACCAUGAACGAGUACAUCGAGCAGCGGAAGCCCUGCGACACCAUGAAAGUGGGCGGGAACCUGGACUCCAAGGGUUACGGAGUGGCCACGCCCAAAGGGUCGGCAUUAAGGACAAGACGAGCGCUCUGAGCCUCAGCAACGUGGCAGGAGUCUUCUACAUUCUGGUCGGGGGGUUGGGGCUGGCCAUGACCGUGGCGCUCAUCGAGUUCUGCUACAAGUCCCGGGAAGAAACCAAACGGCUGAAGCUGGCCAAGAACGCCCAGAACUUUAAACC